CUAGCCACUACCAGAUAACUGUGUGCUGUACGUAGACCUUUGUUAGUGGCUGUGUGUGACACAGGAGGAAGCGGCGUCACAGGUGUCACAUUUAUAAAAUCUGACUCAGUCACUGAUGUAAACAAGAUGAACAAAUACAGGAAGCAGAUAGCAGAGCAGUUCCUGAGUCAGGCCCUGAGCAUCAUUUGCCUGCUGACCGGAGAGGAAUAUGUUGUUGUGAAGAAGAGGCCCUCCCACAGCAGCAUUCACCGGCAGAGCAGAGAGGUACCUAUAAAGUGUGAUGAUGUUGCUGUGUAUUUCUCUCUGGAGGAGUGGGAGUAUAUAGAGGGACACAAGGAGCUUUACAAGGACGUCAUGCUAGAGACUCACCAAGCACUAAGGACUAUGGAGAUGCCAGGAAACAAGAGCUCCGAACUAACAGGUCACAGAGAUGAAAAUCUAAUCACAGGAGCACAAGGAGAACUUGCGCAGAAUAUUCAGCCAGUGGAGUCCCCAUCAGACGUCUCUGCUGAACUAACGGGUUACAGUGAUGAAAAUCUAGACACAGGAUCACAUGGAGACCUUGUACAGAAUAUUCAGCCAUCAGAUAUCUCUGCAGCUGUUAAAACAGAAGAUCUGAGUGUAACGUGUCAUCUGGAAGCUCCAAAGCAGGAAAUGUGUGACAAUGACAAUGAAGUUGAAAAUGAUGCUAAGAUUUCAUGUAACAUGGAACAAACAGAAGAUCUGUGGCUAAGAAAUAUAACAGAAGCUACAGAGCAGGAAAUAUGUGACAAAAUAAGUACAGGUGAAAAUGAUGCUAAGAUUUCAUGUAACACGGAACAAACCGAAGAUCAGGGGCUACAAAAUAUAACAGAAGCUGCAGAGCAGGAAAUAUGUGACAAUAUAAGUACAGGUGAGUGUAUGUGUGUGUGUGAUGGGUCUAAGGGAAGUAGGGCACAAGUGAGUGUAUGUGUGUGACAUGUCUGUGGGAAGAAGGGCACAUGUGAGUGUGUGUGACAUGUCUGUGGGAAGAAGGGCACAAGUGAGUGUAUGUGUGUGACAUGUCUGGGAAGAAGGGCACAAGUGAGUGUAUGUGUGUGACAUGUCUGUGGGAAGAAGAGCACAAGUGAGUGUAUGUGUGUGACAUGUCUGUGGGAAGAAGAGCACAAGUGAGUGUAUGUGUGUGACAUGUCUGUGGGAAGAAGGGCACAAGUGAGUGUAUGUGUGUGACAUGUCUGUGGGAAGUAGGGCACAGGUGAGUGUAUGUGUGUGACAUGUCUGUGGGAAGUAGGGCACAAGUGAGUGUAUGUGUGUGACAUGUCUGUGGGAAGAAGGGCACAAGUGAGUGUAUGUGUGACAUGUCUGUGGGAAGUAGGGCACAAGUGAGUGUAUGUGUGUGACAUGUCUGUGGGAAGUAGGGCACAAGUGAGUGUAUGUGUGUGACAUGUCUGUGGGAAGAAGGGCACAAGUGAGUGUAAGUGUGUGACAUGUCUGUGGG